UCGGGACCAAGCGUACAAAUACACGUCCAGGUAGAGUAGCUAGCAUUGACAAUUUGGAAGGUCAGUCACUCGGAAUAGCGAAGGAGUUACUGUCCAUCUACCGUCCAACCUUACUAGUCGUUUGUUCAUAGUAUCUCGGACUUUGCUGUGUUUAUUUCUGUAUUUCUGUCUCUCUCUCUCUCUUGUACUACUUAUAUCAUGGCGACUACCACCCCCACCACCGGCGUGCAGCAAAAGGAUACCACUUUCACUAAAAUAUUCGUCGGAGGGUUACCGUACCACACGACAGAUCAGUCCCUGAGGGAAUACUUCGAUAAGUUCGGCGAUAUAGAAGAGGCAGUGGUUAUUACUGACAGACAAACCGGAAAAAGCCGAGGAUACGGAUUUGUGACAAUGGCAGAUAGAGCGGCGGCUGAACGUGCCUGCAAGGACCCAAAUCCUAUCAUUGAUGGCAGAAAAGCCAACGUGAAUCUUGCGUAUCUGGGGGCAAAACCUAGGGGGAACCUCACAUCAGCGAGUUUACCGUUUGCAAUAAAGACAGGCAUUCCGAUGCUUCCCGGUCAAUAUGGCUUUCCACAGUAUGUGUAUCCUUCCGCCUACUUGGCCUCGCCUGGAGUUUUGGCAAUGCCCCAUUCACCGCUGUCUCCUACUACCGGAACUACAUCCGCCCAAUACAUCGCGGACUAUUCCACGGCCGCAUACACCGGUCAGUUUACCGGGGGAUUUGAUGCAUACCCCUAUACGACGACAGCCAACGGAUACGGAGUACCCGCAGCCUAUACAUACGCCGUCCCACAACAAAUAGCAAAUGGAAAUGGCACACAUUUCGCCCAUUACCAACAACAACAAAUUCAAGAGCGAAUGCAGUAAAAGAGGAUUGAACAUAGGAAUCUCCACAUAAUUACAAAUGGACACGGACUCUAAAUCUAGACAGUCCACUCGAAUAUUCUGAAAGUCCGAGAAUAUCUGACCAUGUGACGUACCCUCUGCCUGUAUGCCCACUCAGGUGGCGCCACCUAUGUCUCGUCUAUGCAAGGGAUAUACCUUGAUUAAUGAGCGUAUGGAACUAUUUGACAGUGCGGAAGUAUUAUUGGAAUGAAUUGUUCUAUUCCGGUUUACUGCGGAUGGAUACAACCCAGAAAGUGUAUAUACGUCCACAUGUCGUAAUGCUUAUCAAAAUAUGACGUCAGCAUUUUAUGUGUAAUAUGCAAAUGUUGUUAUGUUCACGUGUCGUCCUAGUUUCCGUCCAGAUCGCUUUGACUUGCCGCAAAAAGCGUCAACAACAUGGCGACCUUAAUGUUGUAAGGUCUCAUAUAUGUCUCAUCUCGCUGUAGAUAGAUACCACUGUAGAUAACAGAACUUGUAGCCAUAGUAGAAUCACUAGUUAGACAUUAACCUGGUUUUAGGACAAGAUGGCGGAGCUGCCAAAUGAAUUAUUACACCAUAAUUGGAAUGAAAUCCUGAUGCAUUUUGACAGAAGUGCUUAAAAUGAUAAAUUUGAUAUUAUCAACAACCGCCACGUCUUUCUACGUCAUAAAUCCCUUACGUCAUCGUAGCGACAGUUUCGUAUCUUUAUUCUCAUCCGUAGUUUCGCAUUUUACCCGUUAACCCAUAUCAUGAUUGUGUACUAUGUUCCUGGGCGUCCAACUCUCGUCUUCUUAGUGCCUUAUAAAAUACACUCUGCUUUAAUAUAUAUGUUGGGAGCAUGAAUGAAUACUGGAGUACGUCUGAGAAUAUGUGUCUUGAGCAGGAUAUUAUACAAAGUUACAAGUCUGUAUGUUUUGACUUGUCUAGAGAUGUACGUCUCAUUUUCAAUCAGUAUUUAUUAUAUCUUGUUGAACUUAUAAUAUAGACUUUGCUCCUGUAUCUCAAGCUGCCAUCUCACAAUUGUUGUUAUCAAUAUUUUAUCUAUGGCAUGCCAUAGGGGACACAUUUCGACAUUAUUACUAUUUAUAGUUCAUAUUUAUGGGUGGUUUUGGAUACAGGAGAAACAGUCAUUAUAUUGUUACCUCUUUUUGUACAUUUUGAACAUACCGAACAAGCAAUGUGAAAUCCGUCUAAUUUAUUCAAUUUGCGCGUGCUCCAUUUUCCCAAGGCAACAGAAGUCUUGCGGCGAAGAGCCGACUACAGGGACUACUUGCACUGUUUUUCCGAUUAAACACAUGGUAAUGUGCCUUAAGGUUAUGUAUUCCUACGCCAGUUGUAUUAAUGGCGGAUAGAUAUGGGCAGUGAACGCGUUCUCACUCAUCGCUGGUCUUUCUUUUAUUUCGUCAUGAAUUUUAUUUUUGUAUCAAAUUUGUUAAAUCAUUCUCAUUCACCACGCUGCAUUCCAUGCACAAUUUAUAAGGUUCCUUUUUAACGUAUAUUUUUAUCAAAAUUUGUAUUUAUUGUUUUAUUUGUUUUCAAACAUAGUGGGCAUUCGAAAUACUAACUUUUAGCUUUACUCUGAAUCGUUAGGCAAGCUAUUCUACCAAACAUACAGAAGAGAAUUCAACAAAUCCAUUGGUAUUUAAUCAGAGAAAUAGUGCACGUAGUAUUUCCUGUCAAACCGGAAGUCAACAGUUGUUUGUCAGGGACUAUUUCCGGCCAUAUACAUCACAUUUGUUUUAAUGUCGUCGCGCUAACUAAGAGGACAAUUUUUUUGUAUUAUUUAUUGACAAUCUUUGGCAAAGAUUGCCAUUUAAUAUUUAAUGUAAAUGUUGAAGUAUUUUACAUCAGUUACUCUGUAUAGUUGAGGUGUAGUGGCCCCAACAUGACGAAGUUUUUGUAAAUUUCUGUCGUUUUUAGCUAACUUAUAAACCGAAUAUGCAGACUAACCUUCAUCACUGUAAGAUAAUCAUAGAUACAUGUAUUUAAUUUUAUUGCCAUUAAUUAUAAGGAGAGGUUGGGAAAUGAUGAAGAUGCAUAAUGAUGCCACAUGCAAUAUGUGUGCAUUGUAUACCAACUUGUACCUAUGUUACAAUCAUGAAAAUAAACAAAAACAUGUUAAAUAUA